CUCAUACCCUCUGGGCAAGUGUUUACCUUCUCCCAGGCUUACACCACAUCAUGAUUACAUCUAGCAUUUCCUAUUCAGUCUGAGCCUCAGAGUGUUGUAUGGAAAUCACCAUGAAAUCCUCUCUGGUCAUCCUCCUUUGCUCCUCACUGCUUCAGUGCAUGAGAGUGGAAGGAGCACCUGGGGUCAAGGAAUACCUGGAAGAGGAAGCUCAGAGAUUGCAGCAACUGGCUCAAGAAGUGGGUGAAAGAGCCACCAACGUCACAACCAAAGGCCUCACCACAACACUGAAAGCAGUGAAGGAUACAGUGAAGGACAUGAUGGCCAAUGUAGAGGACUGGGUGAAUCAGUUAGGAGAAGAGGAAGAGGAGGAAGGAAAAAAAGAAACACAGGAGAAUGAUCUUGGGAUUGUUCCUCAUUCUGACCUUCACCGGGAGAUUCUCAUCAACCAGCAACUCAUGAAGGAACUUAUCAACAUCUCCCUGAUAGCCAUGCCCCUCAUCUACAAUACAGACAAGACAUCUCAGAAGCUGAAGCAAAAGCUUCUCCUACCAGAAGAUCACCAUGACUGUUUUCUUCAUAUCAUGCACCCAAGGAAGCCUGCAGAUUCACCUCUUGUCAUGCAGCCCAUCCUCCUGCCCAAAGACACUUUGAUGCACCCUUUCACAAUCCAAAUUCUAGCAAAGUUCACCUCAAUUGAGAACGUUCAACUGGCUCUAUCUGAUCAUGAAGGUCAAGAAGGAGGGAACAUCUGGAACAUGGAAUUUGAUUCUGUUCAUCAGUCUUUGGUUUGGGAAGGAAUCAAAAGAGAGGAGAUAUUGAAGAGUCCUGCCUGGCCAACAGAGCAACAAAUCCCAUUUGUUCUUCACAUUCAGGUGAGUCGUGACAGUGGAGAGGUGACCACACAGAUGAAUCGCAUCAAGGAACUGCACGAGCUGGACCUCAAUCACACGACCAAGAUCAACACGAGUGCCAGACAGAUAGACUACUUCCGGGUGACCAGCAGUGCAGAUGCCUUGCAGAUUUUCAGCAUCAACAUCUUUAAGGGAAUCCUUGAAGCACCUUAUGGUGUCAGCAUUAACUGAUCCAAACACACUUUUCAAUGGUCAUUUUCUGAUGGGCGAAGAAAGGGCAUGUUUGAAAAAUUACCUUAAAGACAUGAUCCUUGUAAGAAAUGCCUAUAACCAUUGCAAGAUGAGUGUCUCUAUUAUAAUGUAUGAGUUUUCCUAAUAAACAAAACCUUACUGACUCACUGUA